UUUUCACCCCAACCCAUUCACCGGUCCUAUGAAUCCACACAAACUCAGCUCAGCUCAGCUCAGCUCAGCUGUUAAACUUGUUAUUACGAGAACGGAUUAAGGUUACAGAACAGAACAUCGUCUUUCCCCUCGAGUUUGUCAUAUCCAUAUUGGUAUUACUACAUAUACUGGUACAUCAAAGAGCCAUUGAACCUCAAGAACGUAAUAAGAAUUUCUGCAUUAUGUGGUAAUCACUACAUUUCCAAAGUCAAAACUCCUCCAGGUAGGGGUAAUCAAGAACGCUCCUCAACACUGGAGACGACCUUCGAGAACACAUUUCAAUUUCUUCCCUUGGAAAAGAUAAGCUCCAGUUGCUUGGUAAAUCUAAUUUAAUCUAUCUAUCAUUACUUCGGAGAAUCGAAAGGCGGCCAUUGAUACGAAAUUACUGGUCAUAGCUCUUUUUCAAAGCUCCAUUUAAUCAUGAAUGACAACCGUUGAGUGCCCCUUUGUACAAACUUCACCUAUAGAGCAAGUUAAACAAUUAACAAUUCUUAGGUACCCAUCCUCUGUUAGCACAGGUGCCGCUUACAGUCUCACCGUUCGUCUCUUUGCCUACUGCGACUACUCUUCCAUACACACACAAGACUCUCCCUUCGACUCUACCGCCAUCAUCCACAAUAGCUUCAGACUCAUCCAGCGACGGCAAGCCCAAAUACGUCGUAUCAUCGUCGGGUCAUGCAGCACACCCAGAUGAAAUAAUUGCGUCUUGCAAAGCACUACAAGCUUAUAUACAGAAAGCUCAAGACGAUGCCGACAGGGAGCUAAAGGCAUGGGAAGAUGCGAUAGCUGCAAGAGAACUGGCUGAAAAGCGUAGAGUAGCCCCUGGAUGGCUGGAUAGCGAUGCGAGAAUCUUGGAGCCAGAGAAGAAGACGGCUGUAGGAGGUGGAAACCUUAUGGAUGUUGAUGUAUCAAGUAACGAUGCUUCACGUCUAGCAAAAACACCUGUGGCGGUACCAAAUCAAGAAGGUGACGAGCUCGAUAGAGCGUUCGGCGGAAUGGCUUUAAAUAAAUCAUGAUCUUGACAUGACUUUCAAGGGACAGAAAUAUCUAAUUUAUCAGAAAAUAUACAUUUCUUUCCUCUCAUCUGUGA